GAGAGUCACAUGGUCCACAUUGGCAGCUCCCUGAGACGCCAUUUUGGAGGAAAGUUUGGAAUGUGUCGACCUGAGGAGGAGCAAGAAGGGGAGAGGAGAAGGAGGAAUAAAGAGGAAGUUCAGGGAAGAGAGAGGAGGGAUUUGGGGGAAGUUUGACACGCACGCAGGCUGCGCCGGGAAUAGCACGCGCGGAAAGAGAGCGGGCCGAUGCGGGAUAACGCGGUCCGGGUUCCCCCCCAGCUGAGAGUUUAGGAGUUCCGGGCUGCGCUUGGAAGUUUGUUUUUAUUUCCCCCCCCCCCCCCCCCCCCCCCGACCGACCGACCAACCGACCGACCGACCAGCCGACCAACCAGCCGACCAACCAGCGGGCAGCUCACGCACGCGCCGGGUGUUCUCCGCACGGCGGACGUCAUCUGGCGGACGCGCCGUUCCUUUCCCACUUGUUCGCGGUCAGCCCGCGCGGUGCACGCCGGGGCAGGGACGCUCUCUGCCGGGGAGGUGCAGCAGGGAGGAGUCGGUAACGCACCGGAGCUUUUUAUUUAGCUUUUUUUUCUCCUGGACCCUACUCGCUUUCCGUGACAUCACUUUAAACCGGGAGACCCCCCCGCCCCCCCCCCGGUGCUCCCGGACGUGUCUCCUCCUGACGGGGAGUUGGUUCCUCAGAACUUGGUGUCGUUCUCGGGACUCGGAGCGGUGACAGCGGACGGUUCUACCGGGGAGUGAUCACUAAAAGCACCGGCCUGUGUGAGGAGUGCAUGCGGCGGAACUAGGUCCGAACCGAGCCGCCCCCCCCCCCCGUCUCCCCCCUCUCCCCCCCCCUCCCCAAAACGCCAUGCCCGUCAGGAAGAAAGAUGCCCAGCGGGCCCUGCGGCUGCUGGAGGAGUACCGCACCAAGCUGCACCACGGCGAGGACCAGCAGCUCCGCCUCUCCAUCCAGAGGGUCAUCGACAUCUUCCAGAGCAACCUCUUCCAGGCCCUCAUAGACAUCCAGGAGUUCUACGAAGUGACCUUAUUGGACAGCCACAGGUGGGCGGAGUCCUCCAAGGCGCCGGACCCCAUGGCACCCGUCCACCUGUGGGACUUCUCCAGCCUGCAAAGCACCACGGUGACCUCUGACACGCUGCCCAGCCUCAGCACCAGCAUCGAGGACUCCCCCCUCCUAAAUGAAAUCCUGCACACGUUGGCGCAAACCAAGCGCCCCCCCGCACAUGACGGACAAAAGUACCGGCACCAGGAUGAGGACUCGUCCCCCCAGGACCAGAGCUCCCCCCAGCUGACGGAGGAGGCGGGAGGACCGGAGCUGGUCCAGGUGGCGGAGAAGAACCUCUCCCAGAUCGAGAACGUGCACGGAUACGUGACCCACGCUCACAUCUCCCCCAUGAAGGUAGCGUCUCUGGAGUGCAUCUUUGACGGUUCCUCCGCCUUAGGACAGCAGCCCCUCCCGGACUUCCCCUCCCCCACGUCCCCCACCCUCUAUUCCGAAGACAGCCCCCUCCCCUCCUGCUCCUCCAACCCCUACCCCCUGAUCCAGCAGGCAGAGGCCACCCCGCCCUCCUCUCCCAUAAUCCCCGUGAUCCCAGUGUCUCCAAUCGCAGCCGAGACCACCGUCAUCCCGCCGACGUCACAGGCCAACCCCCCCCCUGUGGUGGUCAACACGGACAGCCUGGACACGCCCCCUUACGUGAACGGGACGGAGGCCGACUACGAGUACGAGGAGAUCACUCUGGAGAGGGGCAACUCGGGACUCGGCUUCAGCAUCGCGGGCGGCACGGACAACCCCCACAUCGGGGAGGACCCCAGCAUCUUCAUCACCAAAGUCAUCGGGGGAGGAGCCGCCGCUCAGGACGGACGGCUCAGGGUCAACGAUGUCAUCCUGAGGGUCAACGACGCGGACGUGCGGGACGUGACCCACAGCCGAGCCGUGGAGGCCCUGAAGGAGGCGGGCUCUCUGGUUCGACUCUACGUCCGCCGGAGGAAGUCCGUCUCCGAGAAGGUGAUGGAGAUCAAACUGGUGAAAGGACCCAAAGGUCUCGGCUUCAGUAUAGCAGGUGGAGUCGGGAACCAGCACAUCCCGGGCGACAGCAGCAUCUACGUCACCAAGAUCAUCGAGGGAGGAGCUGCCCAUAAAGACGGGAGGCUGCAGAUAGGAGACAAACUGCUGGCUGUGAACAGCGCCUGCCUGGAGGAGGUGAGCCACGAACACGCCGUCACUGCCUUGAAAAACACCCCCGACGUGGUCUACUUGAAAGUGGCUAAACCCAACAGUGUCUUUGUGACGGACAGCUUGGCCCCCCCCGACCUCACCAGCUCGUACUCACAGCACAUGGAGAACCAUAUCAGCCCCCCCCACCUGCUGGGCCAGCCCCUCCCCCCGCCGGCGUCCUCGGGACGCUUCUCUCCGACCCCCAAGAGCAUGCUGGGAGAUGACGACGUCACCCGCAGGGAGCCCAGGAAGGUGGUUCUGCACAGAGGAGCGACCGGGCUGGGCUUCAACAUCGUGGGCGGGGAGGACGGAGAAGGCAUCUUCAUCUCCUUCAUCCUCGCUGGAGGACCAGCUGACCUCUGUGGAGAGCUGAGGAAAGGAGACCGGCUGGUGUCUGUGAACGGCGUGGACCUCCGUAACGCCACGCACGAACAGGCGGCCGCCGCCCUGAAGAACGCCGGGCAGACGGUGACCAUCAUCGCCCACUACAGGCCGGAGGAGUACAGUCGCUUCGAGGCGAAGAUCCACGACCUGAGGGAGCAGAUGAUGAACAGCAGCAUCAGCUCCGGUUCUGGAUCUCUGAGGACCAGUCAGAAGAGGUCGCUGUACGUCAGGGCUCUGUUUGACUACGACCGGACCAGAGACUCCGGGCUGCCCAGCCAGGGCCUCGACUUCAAGUUCGGGGACAUCCUGCACGUGGUGAACGCCUCCGACGACGAGUGGUGGCAGGCCCGACAGCUCACCUCCAAGGGGGAGGUGGAGGAGGUGGGGGUGAUCCCCAGCAAGAGACGGGUCGAGAAGAAGGAGCGGGCGAGAUUAAAGACGGUGAAGUUCAACGCAAAGUCUCGAGACCGAGGGUCUCUCAAUGACAAGCGUAAAAAGAACCUCUUUUCCCGAAAGUUUCCCUUCUACAAGAGCAAAGAGGCGAGCGAGCAGGAGACCAGCGAUGUCGACCAACAUGUGACCUCUAACGCCAGCGACAGCGAGAGCAGCUUCCGCGGGCCGGAGGAGCUGGUUCUGUCCUACGAACCCGUGGCUCAGCAAGAAGUGAGCUACACGCGUCCCGUCAUCGUCCUCGGCCCCAUGAAGGACCGGAUCAACGAUGACCUCAUCUCAGAGUUCCCCGACAAGUUUGGCUCCUGCGUCCCUCAUACCACCCGGCCCAAGCGGGACUACGAGGUGGACGCCAGAGACUACCACUUUGUGGUGUCCAGGGAGCAGAUGGAGAAGGACAUCCAGGACCACCGCUUCAUCGAGGCGGGGCAGUACAACGGCCACCUGUACGGCACCAGCGUGCAGUCGGUCCGAGAGGUGGCCGAGAAGGGGAAGCACUGCAUCCUGGACGUGUCGGGGAACGCCAUCAAGCGGCUCCAGCUGGCGCAGCUUCACCCCGUCGCCGUGUUCAUCAAACCCAAGUCCGUGGAGAACAUCAUGGAGAUGAACAAGCGGCUGACGGAGGAGCAGGGCAGGAAGACCUUGGACCGAGCCGCCAAGCUGGAGCAGGAGUUCAUGGAGCACUUCACAGCCGUCGUCCAGGGCGACACUCUGGAGGAGAUCUACGAGCAGGUGAAGCAGAUCAUCGAGGAGCAGUCGGGUCCGUUCAUCUGGGUUCAGUCCAAGGAGAAGUUAUGAGGACCAAACUUCUCAGAUCCAGAGGCUUUUAUUUUGAAAAGGACCCCCUUCCUUCUGAUUAACGACACACAGACUGCCCGAGUUUUAUUUUGAAGUUGUUUGGAAGUAUGAUGACAUCACACGCAGCCCGUACAGCUCCUUAAUGUUUAAGGCAGGAGGAGCAGGAGGAGCAGGAGGAGCAGGAGGAGGAGACGUGACCAUGAAAGUGGAGACGAGUCCUCGGAGACACGAAGAAAAGCAAAACAUUGCACGUUUGAGCUUCAGCAGCAUGUCAGUUUUUUCCCAUCAGCCACUGCAGCAUCUGACAUCACAACCUUUCUUCUUCGGUCUCAGAGGGGACGUCGUAGGUGGUGGACUUGACCUUGAAGAGGUCAAAGGUCAUUUUGCUCGACGCGUUUCCGUCUGAAAGGAAUCUGAAGCCUCCGACAGAGAAAAUAAUAUUUCAGCUUUUUAUUUCACUUAGAAAAUGAAGAGUUUGAAUUUAUAAAGAAACAUUAUAAUAUAAAACUAGUUCUUCUAAACAUGAAGACCUCAGAUUAUCAUUGCAAUACAAAUAUUUAAUUUAUUUAUGAUGGAAAACAACUCAUCUAAUCAGAAAUAACAGGGAAACAUAAAUAUAUAAAUAACUUCAGACUUCUCGUCAAACUAAACAAUUUAACAGAAAAAAUUGAUCUUUUGUGGAAUUAAAAUCAUUAUUUCAAUUUAUUUUCGCCAACAAAAAGACGUUUUUCUCCUAGUUUGAACUUUUAGUUUUAUUAUAUUCUCUCAAGACGGAGCGACUUGGUGAGACGUUUGCCUCCAGGUGUGUGCACGUGUGUCACGUGACCUCGUGGGGCUCCUCCAGGUGUGUGCACGUGUGUCACGUGACCUCGUGGGGCUCCUCCAGGUGUGUGCACGUGUGUCACGUGACCUCGUGGGGCUCCUCCAGGUGUGUGCACGUGUGUCGGGGCUCCUAUUGGACAGAUAUUUAACCCUCGGUAAACUGCCUAUUUUGUUAUAAUGAAAGUCUAUAUUGAACCUUCAGCAUUACUGGACUUAUUUUCUUUGCUUUGUUUAAUCAUUUAUGAAUAGAAAGUUAAAGAUAUUUGAAUAUGAAUCUAUAUUUUUUCUUUUUCUUCGACCACCUUCUGUCUUUUAAUUUUCUUUUUUAAGCAUAAUAAAAACUUAACAAGAAAACACUAAGUGUCCAAUAAUGAGUUUCUACUUUUGAGAUCUGAUGAAGGUCUGGUUCUUCAGGGCAAUGAGACGCGUUUUACCUCAGCAACCUGUUGACCCCCCCACAAUAAAAACAUGUCACCUGUCUAAUGAA